AUGUAAGAAACACUUCAAGCUCUUAAAAAUAAGAUUACUUUCAGCUCAAAUGAAUUACAAAAUUUUGGAAUAAAAACAGAAGAAAUUAAUUAAUCUUAGCUAAGAAUAAAUUUUAUCGAAUUCAGAGUGUUACAAACUAUUGUUAACGCUUUGGACUCUCUUUUUAUCUUAGAGGAAUGA